UAUUACAGUAACUGUUCCUUCCUCCAUUGAUAGACUAUGGAAGCAUCCUUCUGUUGCGUUUGACGGGAAGAGGCACUUAGAGCGCGUCAGUGAGGUUUGAGCUGAAGAAACAGAAAACCUAACUCCGCUCCGCUCCCUAUAAACUGAAAUUUGAGGCUUUAAGGCCGGGCAUUGGAGAUGAUCCACACUUGCUCUUCUUCAGAGCACUUCCAAAAGGCAUACAUUCCGAAAGAAAAACAAGUUAAAAAAAUUUCUGAUAGUGAUAGCUCGGUGGAAGGGCGGGAAGGCGUAGUUAAGAUGGGUGGUCCGCCGGUGCCGUUUCAUAUAUCCUAUAUUCCGAAGCCGCAAGACGAGUACCGGAUACUCGUGAACAACUUGAGCGAGGAGUUCGAACAUGUGUGGUUGGAGACAAGUGAGGAUGAGUCCAGGUUCAUACAUCCCCUGGAGAAGUUUUCUUCCCUCGACUUUGUUGACACUGCUGCUGCCUCCGACCCUGUCAAACCUCAUUCUUUAGAUCACACUCCAUUUAAACUAGUGGAGCAGCUCAAAGAUCUGAAGGAGUUGGUGCUUAAGUUGCAAGGAGUGGAUGAGUUUGCGGUUGAUUUGGAGCAUAAUCAAUAUCGAUCCUUUUUAGGAAUCACAUGCCUUAUGCAAAUAUCUACUAGAACUGAAGAUUUUGUCAUUGACACACUGAAACUUCGCAUUUAUGUUGGUCCUUAUCUAAGAGAAAUUUUUAAAGAUCGAACCAAAAGAAAGGUCAUGCAUGGAGCAGACAAGGAUAUUCUGUGGCUUCAACGAGAUUUUGGUAUAUACAUCUGCAAUCUGUUCGACACUAGGCAGGCCUCAAGGGUUUUGAAAAUGGAGAAAAACAGUCUGGCAUAUUUGCUGCAGCAUUUUUGUGGAAUUGUGGCAAAGAAAGAAUAUCAGAGCGCAGAUUGGAGGUUGCGCCCACUUCCUGAUGAGAUGCUCAGAUAUGCGAGAGAAGAUACACACUUUCUAUUGUACAUUUAUGAUGUGAUGAAGGUGAAGUUGCUUUCUUUAUCUGUCAACACUGAAUCAAGCAGUUCUCCUUUGGCAGAGGUAUACAAACUUAGCUAUGAGAUAUGCAUGCAGCUGUAUACAAAAGACAUUUGGACUGAUACUUCAUAUCUCAACAUAUAUGGGUUACCUGAAGCUGGAUUCAAUGCUAAGCAGCUUGCAGUUGUUGCAGGACUGUCCAAGUGGAGGGAUGCUGUUGGUCGUGCAGCAGAUGAAAGUACUGGCUAUAUUUUACCAAACAGAGCACUUCUUGACAUUGCUAAGGAGAUGCCUCUUACCAGCUACAGAUUGCUCCAGUUGGUUAAAUCAAAGUACCCAUAUAUUGAAAAUAAUGUUGAUUAUUUAGUCAAUCUCAUUAGGAAUUCAAUUCAAGCGUCUUCUGCAUAUGAAGCUGGUGUUGAAUGCCUGAAACAAAUGUUGAGAGGAAAAAACAGUGAUGUAAAUGCAACUUCAAACAUAAACGGGGGUGAUGCUAAAACCUCACAUUACAUUGACAAACUCUGAAAUCCCAAGAGAAGAGAUGACAAAAACAAUUCCUACUGUUGGCAACUGCCUGCCUGUAUUCUAUUCAUUCUUGAAUAUGAAAAGCACAGUUAGUCAAUUUCUGUUGUAAAACAAAGAUAUGAUACUCUGUAGUCUGUACAUUGCAGAAAGAUAUUGACAGUAAAUAGUGUUGAUAUAA